UAAGUACAUAGUACUCCUCGGUACGGAGUACGGAGUACCUUAUGGCGUGUGGUGUCUGUGAGGUGGUGGUGUCUGUCCCUUUCCCUUCCCAGUCCAACCCAAGUCUCUUUCCCAACUUGGAGCUGGCCGCCCUUCCAGCUUCGCGCCUGUAAAAAAGGUUAUUUCCACCACCUGCACCCCCCCAUACCUUCAUUUGUUCUUUCCUACCUUUUACCUCACCUCUCGCCUCGGGUUUUUUCUUCAACCUUUCUUCACCUGUCUUCCUUCCACCCAUCUUCAUCUUGACUGGCCAGCCAGCAGCUUUUUUCCUCACUUUUCCACUUCUUGACCUUCCUUCAAACUCCCCUUUGUCUCAAUUUCUUCUCCGACUGCUCGCUGCCUUCUUCUUCUUCACCAGCAGCUUGAGCUUCAGCUUCACUUUCUUGGCUCGACACGAUUCUAUACACAAAAACCCGAGGGAACAAAACACAAAAACACACAUCAACCCCAGAAACAAAAUCAGCCACCCAUGUUGUCUGAUUUCACCUUCAACAACUUUUGAAAACACCUGGAGCACAUGAGUAUACAUGACCAUGCUCACAGUUAAGCAGCCAACACACUACGGCUACAAGUCCGUCCAUGACCUACCUACUCCGCCCUCGAUAUCCCGACCCUCGCCUCCCUUGGCUUACCAAGACCACCCUUCGCACAAGUUGCUGCCGUCCAUUCCCCGUAGUCACAGUCCAGCUGGCCAGCCUAUGUCGGCACAUCAUCGUGGCCUGCCUCCCCCGGCGGCCAUGACUUUGCCGCCCCAGCCGCCUCACGCAAGCUCGGCUCCUCCUCCGCCACCUCCUCCCGCGCCCCAAUCCAUCGGCCAAGCUCAAUCUAGCCAUGGCCACCUGAUGGGUCAGCUGCCCGGACCGCCGCCGCAGUGGCAAGGCGCCGAAGAUUCCAUGAGGAGCUGGCUGGCAGCAAAGACAGAAGAGGAGCGCAGGAGACAGGAGGAAGAGAAGACAAGGCAAGAGACUCUGCGCCUAGAGCAACGUCGCAUCGAGGCCGACAUGCUACGAACCUCGUUGAGCGGCGGAAUCCCCCCGCCCAUCGUUCCUCUUGUCUUUGCCGGAAUGGGAGGCGGUGUUCCUCCUGCGGCUUUGGAAUGGGCACAGCAAUUUCUCGCUCAGCAGGGACAGCCUCAGCACCCCCAGCUGCUGCCGUCUCAAGGGCCUCUUUCUCCUGAGCAUCGCCGCGAUUCUCAGUCCCAGCCCUACGGUCAAUAUGCGGGCGUCCCUUCGACGCCGAGCUCCGCCCCCGGACCUCACGGAUUCCCCGCCUACCCGGGUUCUCCCCAGCGGGGAAGGGCAACAACUUUGUCCUCGACUGGCUCGGUGUCCCGGCCACUGGGAUCUAGCAACCUUCCCAGCCUCAACACGAACGUCCCUCACUCUGGCCCACCAGGCCCGUCGGCACUGCAGAGCCACCAGCACGCAGCAGCGCAGUCUGCGCAGUCUCAACAAGAGGCCCAGCCGAGCCCGUCCAUCUACUUUCACCACUGGCACCCCCCGACAUCCCAAGCCGGAGGUGGCUCUACUCAGCCUGCGACACCCUCCGGGGAGUCUCCUAGGAACAAGCGCAAGGCCACAGGCCCGCAGCCAGCCCCUCCACCGCCAAGUCAGCAUCAACGCUUGCGGUCGCCUCCUUUCCACGGUGGAUCAACGCUUGAGAACCCCCCGCCGGGGCGAAGACGGGGGCACACACGACAGCGCAGCGAUCUUUCGUCGUAUCGGCCGACAGGUCGUGGCCGAGGUGAGAGUUUCGGGACGCCUCGAGGCAUGUCUCCUCAAGUCGCAAGCUUCAGCACGGCCCCGGAAUACGGUAGCGCCAGUUCGGUUUCUGCUCAACAACAGCAACAGCAGCAAGCACCAAGGAGUGUUGGUGGACAUUCGGUAUCAUCCUUGUUGUCCGAAGAGCCAUCACACGCAGCUCAGUACGGGCCGACGCCAACGGAAGCUUAUCAAGGGCAGGGCGAGGAGCGACGACGAUCGCCGUUGUGAGGAGUGAACGGACGAGACGGACGCGUGGGGUCGCAGGAUCAGCAGCCAUGCGACAGGCAGCACUGAUUGAAAUUUGGCUCGGGCCAAUUUUACGACUUGUUUCAGCCAUACCAUCACGGCGAAAUUUCGCGAAACGAGAUGCAUGAGUACGACAUUUUCUUCCGAAUUUUUCGCUUCUAUUGGAUUCAUUCCGCCACGUUAUUCUUCGGCCAUGGCUCUCGGCCUUUCUUAUCCUCGUGACUGGAAACAGCGCGGGGGGCGGGAAAAGCAGGGAGAGCACUCGACGGCGGCUUCAGAUUGCCGUCGAUGAUUUCGAUUUCAAAGAGCGAGAGGCAUGGAUUUCUCCUCCUAGCUUGACGCCUUUCCAGAAGAUCUGGAACUGGAGGCGCGCAUUAUUCACUUCUUCAAAAAGGCAUGCACGGGUCACGGCACUUCUUCACUUCUUCACUUCUUCCGAUUCUUUCUUCUUCUUCUUUUAGGCGGGCGGGUACAUCCAUAGCCGACGAGCCUCGGGUUUUAUAUGGAUUCAAUUUUUCUGCUUCUCUUCCCACACCUGGUGUUUUGAUGUGUAUGGUACUGUCAACACUGCAUUUUUUUUGUUUGGGUGUACCUAUAGCUGUCGGGUGUGGUGAAAUCAUCAACGGCCGGCCAAAAUCCACCUGCGAGGUGAGACUCAUCAAGGGGGUUUGGUGAGAGCAUUAAGACUCAGGUUGGAGUUAUUUCAUUUUUCAACUUCUCGAUUUGGACAAGUUUUUCUCGAAAUGGAAGGGUGGACUUUGGCAAUAUCUUCACUCUUGUUGGCUUCUUGAAAUCUAGGGCUGGCUUCUUUUGGGCAAUCUUACAUGUAUCAUGAUACCCUGCAGAAAAGACAAAAACAAGACAAGACGCAUUUUUGCAGAGACGGA